CCACUACGGCACAUCCAGCGCUUUUCGUUGCUUUCGGCUGCAGAUUUUCGUUGCUCAAUAUCGACAUUUUACUGAAGAGAUCUGCUACUUCUGAUGAGUUAUGUAGGUGGACAACUUCUACACAACCCAAACUUAUCGAGAUAUGUCGUACAAAGCUCGGACGUUCUCUCUGACUUGCGGGUCAAUGUCUUGGCAGAGAACUCAGAUAAGGUGAUAUGGUACAAGGAAAGGUUUCUAUUCGAUGCUGAAAUCAUAGAACAUGUCGUUCACAACGAAACUUCCACUAUUUGCUGGACUAUCCAUCGGCCAAAGCGUGGAUGGUAUAUUCGAAUCCGUGCACCUUCAUUUCCACCCGGGGUGUACAUAUCACUUAUCCCAGUUCCUCGCUCUUCUCCCAAUUACGCAGAUGGAGCUCUAUCGUUUGCGUGUCGAACUAGCGCUCCAGCGCUUUAUGCUUAUCAGUCACCACCGUCAACGAGCAAAUCUUCAACAGAUACCAGUCAUACCCGAACUUCAGACGCCACUGCUGUUCACUCAUACCCCCCUACACCACCUUCAGUACCCAUCGUAAUUAGUCCUCCUUCUCCAAAGUCUAUAAACGCGAAGCUAGGCGAGCUUUCGGAAGAACCUCUCAGUCGACAAAAACAUCGAAGACAGCCUACACAUAUCUCGCAUUUCUUGUUUGCCCCACAUUCGUCCCCGCAUGUUCCACGGCCUGAGAACGGAGAGCAGACGUCGUAUAUUACUCGUGCAAUAUCUCUCUUCAAGAACCACAGGCCGUCUCACUCGUCGUCCUUCACUCUGUGUCCUCUUUCGAAACUGUCUGCUCCACAACCUAAUAUGGUCGGUGCUUCAUCUCAAGCUCGUCAUCAUCGCCUGUCACAGUUGGUCCCUCCAACGCCGACCCCGCUCCUUGCCUUCCACGAUCGCACGCCAAUACUUACUGUCCGCUCUGUCACUGGUUUGCUUGAAAUAGACCGCGCAGAGGAGCGAGUCAUGGGUGUCGACACUAGUUUUUGGGUUGCUACUGCGCUAACGUAUCUGGAGUUCCUAGAAGAAAGGGAUUAUUUGGCUGCCAUGAAUGAUUGAUGUUCUUAGGCUGAGGGUAUUGCUUCUAUAUAUAACGUGUGUUGUGUUAGCUGUUCUGCUAUUGCUUAUCGUGUUGGUUGCGAAGUGGAUCGUUACUUAUUCUGAACUGUACGACAUUUAAUAUCUCGAAUUUUUAUUAAAACCUGUGCACAUUAUACAGUGAAUUCAUUGAACAGCAG